AUAGGGCACAAGGCAGAGAGAGAGAGAGAGAGAGAGAGAGAGAGAGAGAGAGAGAGGCAGAGCAUGCAAUAAAGACUAGGUCAUUUUUACCUUCCAACCUUCUGAUAGUGGUGGGGGAGGGAACAGCGGGAAAGUUAGGUAAUGAUUUGUCAUCCUCAAGCCUGCCGUAGUUGUCAACCCUACUGUGCUGGAGAUCCUCGCUGUGAUUGACAGCAGGGUCGUGGGGGCCUCACUUGUCUCUGUUGACAGUAAUAAUGCGGAUUUGUCAAAGCCUAAUGGACAUGGAGAUGCCAGAUUACGCUGAGUCCCUCGACUCCUCAUACACCAUGUUGGAGUUCGAAAACCUGAGGGUGCUGCCCACAAACUCAUCAGGUGAGUGAGGAGAUACCUUCCGUUGCCUCUCCAAUCGGCCUCUGCUACCUUUGUUCAAAUGUUGUCCUCUUCGGUGGACAAGAAGGAAUGGGGUCGAAGGGUGGAGGGUGUCGCGUUUGUGUGGGUGAACUCUUGGACUUCUGCAUUGGGAUGGGUCUUAUGCUGCGGCCUUGAAUUAUAUUGUCGAUAAGGGACUUAGAUUGAAAAGCUUGUUGUAUUGUGAUUGAGAAAAUGUAUUUCUAAUCAAUGGAAAUCUCUUGGAAAAGGUGUAUUCCACACCUCACACACCUUGCUAUGACAUCACAAUGCUGCAAAAUACUUAGCCAACAGCAAAGACUAUUGUUUAUUAAGCCUGGAAAAAUCUACUUUCCGAAUAUUAUGCUGAUGAUGUAUUUAUCAAAUAAAUGGCAUUUUAUACCACUGUCCACUUUGUUUGGCCAGAUGUACCAUUGAUAAAUGAGAUGGUGGGGAGAAUACAUUUUAUAUAUAUAUAUAUGAAAUAGCUUGCCUUCUUCUUCUACCUCUCCUCCUCCUCCUCCUCCUCCUUCUUCCAAAUCACUCUUGUCUGAAGCUGAUUUCUGGGGCACAGGGAGAGAGGUCAUCAGAGUUUUGUUGGGCAUGUUCAUUGUGAAUGUUCACGGAACUUGCAUAUAUUUAGAAUCUCAUGUCAUCUUGGUUCUGAUUGUAGCUCUUGGAUUUCAUGACCAUUCGGACUCACUCUUUACACAUGUUUCCCCCAUCUACCAGCUGAGGAAAACAGAACAUUUUACAUAUCUGAUGAAGUACAACAUUUCAUUUACCAGAGGAGGAGAUGUGUUUGUCUGUUGUAGCAGACGCAACAGAGAACCCUAUGCUACCUUAAAGAUGAAAACAUUAAUGACUGGAUAAGCUUUUGCGGACUGCAGUCAACUCUAUCAGUCCAUAAAACCUCACACCAUUAUAAAUGAGUUAGUCUUUAAGGGGAGAAAUGGCAUUUCAAGCAUCUGAUAAAAUGAGCUCGAGUCUUGUGCUACAAGAUUUCUCUUAGUCUUUAAGGUGAAACACAGGUGCCUCCCUGUUUUUCUCAAACAAUAUGGUGACACCUUUCUGUGACUUUGACACAGAAGGUUUGUGGGUAGCUAGAAAGCUUGAGCUGAUGUUUCCUUCAAAUAUGUUUUUUUCUUUUCUUACAACCUGUGGCUCAAGUGUCACUGACUGGACAGGACAUCAUUCCUAGGAGUACUUCUUGUGGUUCCCCAUGCCCCCGAAUUUCGGCCAGCCUCUGCUGUGGUAGGCAGCCUUUAGUGUGGUAGGCCCUGCCCUGUGGAACUCCUUGUCAGUAGAAGUUCAGCAAGAACUGUCCCUCCCUCCCUUCAGACAUCUUUUGAAAGCUGUUUAAUUUAGAAAGGGUUUUGCAACCUGAUUUUUCUUUUAACCGAUCAAUAGCUAUUGUUAUUCAUUGAUGUUUUAUUAACCUUUUUAAUGAUGUGUUAUGGAUCUUUGGUUGGUUUUAUCUCUAUAGCUCCACCUUGCUAUAUAUUUAGAAAAGUUAGGAUUCAUAAAUAAAUUAUAUCUAUACAAUAGUGUAGAAACAACAUGCUAGCUUUUUCUGAAAGGUGAAGGCUGUUUCAAGUUGGCAUUGUGGUAUUUGCCUACUUGUUAAUAAGUAAACCAACAUAGUCAGGAACUUGCUGUUUUGAAAUGAGCAUGUUUGUCUUGGGUAAGCAUCCUCAUCAAAAAUUUGUCCAAACAGCUUAAAAAAGAAAACACCCCCUCCCUACAAGCUAGCCAAAACCUUGAGACCUCAACAUUAGUAAAAUGAUCCAAAUGUAAGAGGUCCAUCCAAGAGCUUUCACAAAGCUCUUACAAUAGACAAACAGCCAUCUUUUUAAUGGUGCUUAGGGAAAAUUAGGGGAAGUGCUUGCUCAAAUUACGGAAUUAGCAACUGGUUUAGAAGAAAGGAAUUGUAUUGUGUUCUCAGUCUCAUUCUUAUCCUGGGCUUUGGAGCUUUCACUAGUGUUCCCGCCCCCCCGCCCCAAACAAAAAGGAGCUUUGAUAAAGUGAAACUUCUCUGUUACAAUGGGGAAGGGGGAAUAUAUUGAUCCCUGAAAGGAAGUUCACAUUGAAACAAAAUUAAGACUCUCAAAAUGGUGGUACAUCACUGAAGGGGGAGGAGAUAGUUUUGCUGGCACUGCUCCUGCUUAUUCUCUAAAGAGUGGUGUGCCAGGAAAACACUGAGGCUGGCUUUAGAGAUGAAGAAUAAAAUUAAAUCGAAAUGUCUUUUAAAGCAUACAAAGAUGGUGUUGACAUGAAGUGGUGGUGUUAAGCUGCGCUGCUUAUCACCAGAGAUAUCACGAGCACUCUCUUGAGUAAGGUGUUCAUGACAUUGACGCAAGCACACCUAAUAGGACUCUGCAAGUUUACUGGCUGAAAAACUGAGCUCCCCUCCCCUCCACCAAUUGCAAUUUAUUGCAGCUUGAGCACCAGGGAAAUGGCAUAUCCUUGAAGCAGAAACACUUUGUAGAAGGAAAACUUGGCGGAUCUCAUCUUGCACAAUAAACAAGCAACAUCUGUGCACUUGUUUCUUGAAAAGCUAAUCAUCAGGUAGGGUUUUAGAUAUGCCCCGUUGAAUCCUCUUAUUUUGUCGAAGCCAAUGCCCUUUCCAAUGCAGAUUUAAGAGUCAAAAGAAUUUCUGAAUUAAAAUCCAGCGAUGAAACCUUAACUUUCUUAAUUUUGUAGUGAUUUCCUGUAACCUCCAAGAACCCCACUGGAUUUCAGUGGCCUUUCAGUAGCCUUCCCAGUUGUUAAGAUGGUUCACUUCUGACGUGAAAUUGGGGGAGAGCUCUAUGGUAGAGCAUCUGCCUUACGUGCAGAUGGUCCCAGGUAACAUUCCAGCAUCUCCAGGCAGGCCUGGGGAAAGCUCCUGCCUGAAACCCUGGAAAGUCAUCAUCAGUCAGUGUAGCCCAGGGUUUCCCAAACUUGGCCAUCCAGCUGUUUUGGACUACAACUCCCAUCAUCCCUGACCACUGGUCCUGCUAGCUAGGGAUGAUGGGAGUUGUAGUCCAAAAGCAGCUGGAUACCCAAGUUUAGGAAACCCUGGUGUAGACAAUACUGAGCUAGAUGGACCAAUAGUCACUUGGUAUAAGACAACUUCCUAUGUUCCCAUGUGAAGCCAGCAUAACUUGACCUUAUAAAGAACACCUAUGUGGUUGCUUGGCCCCAUUGCUACUCACUUCCAGGUGGACAACAAAGACAGUUUCAUUUCAGUGGCAUUUUUUGGAAGACUGCCUUGGGAAGGGGAUUUUAUGCCGACACUGUCUUUGUAAUAAUUUUAGCUUGUUUUAUCCGGUAUGAUUGAAAUUGUUCUUGCUUCAUUUAUUAGUAUGCAUUGAUUUUUGAUUUUUUUAAAAUAGAAAAUCAUCUUGAAUACUUAGUGGGAAAGUGGGAUAUAAAUUGUGGCAAUAAAAGAAAGAAAUAUACAUCUCUUUUCAGUAGAUUUUAGAAUUUUGAAGAUUCACCAGAAGUGGAUUGAACCAGAACAAGAUGUAUGGUUGUAAUCUAGAAUACUUUCUGAUCCUGUUUCUCCCCCCCCCCCCUCCUCCCUUUUCUUUUCUUUUCAAAUUAACUCUUACAAACUUAGGAAAUAUUCCCCAUCAGGCUACAUCUAUUUUUCUCUUAGGUACCAUUUUAGCUGUCCUGGUCUUCCUAACUUACAUUGUUUAUGCUGGACUAACACCUGCCCCAUGAUACAAUUCCUCAUAUUGUUGUUUCAAUAUCUGGCUGAUGUAUCUCAUUAAUUGGAAUUGCUUUGACAACUGGCUUGGAAAAGGAACUUCUCUUAUGAAAAUGUUUCGUUGUUUGCCCUAAUACUCUCCCCCAUCCUAAAAGUUCAGCAUGACCCUUUUCAAAAAUGUCACAGCUGCAAUCUGGUCCAUGGGUGGUGGCCAGGAUGACCAAGUCAAACAAAGGAAGCUUAUUAUAGAGUAACAUACCAAGAAGGCAAUAGACUAUAUAUCUGGAUUCAUAGAGAAAGGCACAGGGCAUUGGGAGUAAAAAUGACUCCGCUCUUGAGGUGUGGCAGAACAGGCCAGAUAACAUCUCAAUGCCGUUUCAAUAAGCCUCACCCCACUCGUUGGCAAGGAAUUACCCAUAAUAAAAUACAUUGUGGCACUGAGUAAGUUGAUAUCACAUUAUCAAGUGCCACAUAACGUUCAUUCUGCACUUGUAAGGAAUCAUAAGAACGUUAGAAGAGCCUUCUGGAUCAGAUCAAAACUCCAUCUAGUCCAGCCAUCUGUUCUCACAGUGGCCACCAGAUGCCCUUUUGGGAAGCCUGUGAGCUGAACUUGAGUGCACCGGCACUCUCUCCACCUGUGAUUGCCAGCAAUGGGCAACAGCACCUACUCUUUGGAACACCCUGCCCAUUGAUAUUAGGCAGGUUGCCUUCACUGUAUUGUUCGAAACUUUUUUUGUUUCACCAAGCUUGCAAAGGCAUGCCAUUUUAACAUGUAAUUUUUAGCAGGUAGUAUGGCUGAUUUUAUUUGCAUUUUGGGACUUUGUGCGUGUCAGCUUGAUUUUAAUGCUUGCUUUCAUCAAUAUUUUAAAUGAAUACUUGUUCUUGUUCUUUGUAAACCCCUUGAAGGUUUUCUGUCCAGUUAGCAGGAUAUACAUUUUGUUCCAUAAGAAGUACAGAAGAAGAAAGCAGGGAGAAACUUGACACACAAGCUGCAAUUCCACUGCUAGCUCUGUGGAAUUAAAAUAAUAAUUGAGAUUCCAAGAUGAAAACUAGGACUGAUCCUUUGUUAUAUAGAGAAGCUCUAGGCUGCUCUGAGUGACUUACAAUUAUAAAAGCACACAUGAUACAAAAUUUAAAAGACAUCAGAUGGAUGAAAUGGCAUCCAUUGACUAAACCCUGCAAAAACACAAAGGGCAAAAUCUUACCCCACACUACUAAAAGAAGAACAGCAAUACAGCCUAAGGUAUUGUCAUUCCCAAGUGACCCCAAUUAACAGGCAACUAGUUGACUGAAGAGUAACAUCUUUGCUUGCACCAAGAAGUUGAGACUGAUGGCGCCAGGCACAUCUCUCUACGCACACACAUAAUGAAAAUACACAAUAAAAUAAUUUCACCAGAACAUUAAAAUAAAUUAAAGUGUACAAUAAAACAAGGCCAUUAAAACAACACAACAAUUUUAAUAGUCCCCCCCACACACACAAUUAGAGCAGGAAGUUCAACUUAGCCAAUUAGGGGAAUGCUUGUCUAAACAAGUUUGUCUUUGAGAGCCGGAGGAAUGCCAGUACUGACGGGGCAUCUCAGAUUUCAGCAGUGAGAUCAUUCUACUACACUGGUUUCACCAGCAAAAAAGCCUGCCUUCGCGUUAUCACAAGCUGAUAGCCAUCAGACCAUGGUGACAUUAACCAGGUUCCAUUUAUUGACCGUAAUGCCCUUACUGGCCAAUAGAGUGAAAUAAAGUAGAGGGGUUUUUUAGGGCUUUAUAAGUAAGAACAUGGUCCAGAGUUGUUUAGGGAUUUAUAAGUAAGAAGGAGUAACAAAGAAAUAAUUAAGUCUAUCUUGUUGAGUGCUAACCAUAAACUUUAUGUUUUCAGGUUUAAACGUCAGCCUUUUGUUUUGCAUGCACUGUAUAUAUUGAAGAUCAACAAUGUGCUACGCACUUCCUCCACACAUGAUGCGGUUGUGAGGAUACAUUUUCUAACCCGAGGCAUUGCCAUAAAUUCCCAAACUGCACACAGUGCAUCCAUCACAGCCAGAAUGUUUGUGGAACUUGGACGGAGUAGAUUAUUUUUCUGCCAGAGAAUUCUCACCACAAAUAUAUCUCAGAGCCACUCCCAGGAAUUAUUUUCCUGCCCCAGAACAAGGCCAUUUAUUGUAUUUAAAUUGGGGUAUGUUUAGAGGAGAUCUAGAACCCAAGUUCCAUUAAGAACAGUUUAAAGAAUUAUUUUUUAGCCUGGAGAAGAUUAUGGAGAGACAUCAUAGUGGUCUUCAAAUCUCUGAGGACUGUCGCACGGAAGAUGGACAAUACCUGGGCCACAUCCACACCAUACAUUUAAAGCACUAUUAUACCACUUUAAAAGUCCUGGCUGCAAUUUCUAGAGUUCUCUAUGAAGAGUGAUUGAUUGUUAGACCACUCUGGAAACUGUAGCUCUGCGAGGCGAAACAAGGGAUCUCCUAACAAUUCUCAUCACCUUUAACAAACGACAGCUCCCACAAUUCUUUGGGGGAAGCCACGACUGUUUAAAGUGGUAUCAUAGUGCUUUAAAUGUAUGGUAUGAAUGUGGCCGUAUAUUGCCUGCUUUCUUCCCACCCACCACCUGCUUUUGAAAAGCACUUCAUCCCCCCUCCUUUUGACAUCAUCAUAGCAUCACUAAUAUUAUUUCACUCACUAAAAGAAUCAGCCAGCCUUUUCUUUCCAAGCAAAGGCAUUGAGGAGUAUUUAUGGCCAAAUAAAAUGUCAUCAUCAUAUAUCCCAAGCUAACAUUUACUUAGCUGAGUUAAACUAAAUGACAGGUGGCAAGCAUCAACAAGGAAUUCCAUUUUUUUAAAGGUUUCAGAAGGCAGAAUUGGAGCGAUGUCCCUGUGGCAGAAAAUAUUAAUGCCAAUGAUGCUUACCUUGGUCAGGCACCUUUGUGGGAUGGUGCCAGGAUCCAGCAAGCACUCUGGUGGCGAGGGGAUUUCCUGAGCCUGGGUGAACCCACAGGAGAGGAGAGUGCUAUUGUGUUCAGGCCUUGCUUGCAGCUUUCCCAGGGGCAGAUGGUUGGCCACUGUGAGAACAGGAUGCUGGACUAAAUGCAUCAUUGCCAGUGUGGUCUAGUGGUUAAGAGCAGUGGACUCAUCUGGUGAACCGGGUUCGAUUCCCCGCUCCUCCACAUGCAGCUGCUGGGUGACCUUGGGCUAGUCACACUUCCUUGAAGUCUCUCAGUCUCACUCACCUCACAGAGUGUUUGUUGUGGGGGAGGAAGGGAAAGGAGGUUGUGAGCCGCUUUGAGACUCCUUACGGUAGUGAUAAAUCCAAACUCUUCUUCUCUUCAUCAUUGGCCUGGUCCAGCAGGACUCUUCUUAUGUUAUCUUCCCAAACACCUGAAUGGCUAAACAAGGGAGGGACUUUUCAGUGCUCAGACCUGAAUUGUGGGAUUAGCUUCCAGAAAUACCCACCCGACUCCAUCACAGUUGAGCUUUAGGCAUCUGAUUCAGAGAGCAGAGGAGUCAGUAGAUGACCAGCCUGUUCACUGCUGGGUGGAUUGGCUGCUUUACUGAUGCUGUGGUCUCUUAUAAUGCUAUGUUGUGUUUUAAUUCUCAUGGUUUUAUUACCACAAGCCAACUUGGCGAUUGUAAAUAUGAGAACGUCGGGUAUAACUUAUGGCUGUGCACAGCUCAUCCUCCCUUCAUCCAGCCUGUGGUCUCAGUUGGGGUGGGCAAUCAGGUUACAUCCCCCACCCCACCCACCUACCCCAGAUCCAGUCCCAAAUUAUAGUUUAGGGGUGGGACUAAUGUUUAUUUUCCCCCUUUAAAACCUAAUUAAACAUACAGGUGGGGGAUGUUGCAACUCCCCCCUGACUGAGAAUAGGAGGGUUGAACCUGGAGGGGGCGCUGUUUCACAAGAGGCUUUCCUGCAGGCAAGUCACUUGGGAAGGAACAUCCUGCAUCCGCUGUUGCACAGAGACACCAAUCAUGUGAGGUGUUGCUUCAGAGAUGGUGCAUCAGGCAGGAAGGAGAAUCAGGCAGCAAUGGGCUCCUAUUUUCUCUUGCAGCUGGUGGUCAGAUAGGCCUUGGCCUCUUAGUGGAGGUUUUCUGUCCACUGUCUGCCUCUCAUUCCUGCCUGAUGCCAAGUUGGUUGCGUGCUUUUUUAAUGUGAAAUGGCAGCUGCCUGGAUUGAGAAAGCAGCAUUGGUAAAAUAAGGUGGUCUGGGAGGGCAGUUGCUGGAAGAUCCCUGUGCAAGACAAGAAAAUAGAAGUCCGUUGGGAUACUUCCAUGUGUGCACAGUCUUGUUGCACCAUCUUUUGCACGUGGCCUUGCACAAUAUUUCAGGAUACUUGCUCACAGAAGAUGCAUUGCACAUCAUCACACAAUGUUUUUCUGGUGGCUCUUGCACAACAGUUAAAUUGAACAGCACCACUGCCAGAAAUUUGUCCUCUAUUGCAUCUUUGGAUCCAAUUCUAAAUAAAUAAUUCUUCCCCUCUCCCCAAAAGAUGUCAACUGAUCCUGGGUCGGCUGCUUUAUUUCUCUGCUCUCUUGUGUGGUGUAGCUUGAACCACCUGAAUCAAUAGCUUUUUAAUGAUCAAGAAUCUGUUUUGUUUUGUUUUCCAUUUCAAGACCCAUAAGGCACCAUCUCUUGGCUUGGUCUUGGCUUGUAGCAUCACAUCCCAGGAUUGCAUAGACCAGGCAUAGGCAAACUUGGCCUAUGUUUUGGGACUACAACUCCCAUCAUCCCUGACCACUGGUCCUGCUAGCUAGGGAUGGUGGGAGUUGUAGUCCCAAAACAUCUGGAGGGCUGAGUUUGGCUAUGCCUGUCAUAGACUGAUUUUCAGGAUCCUGAUUGGACUAGCUUAGGAGUGGGCAGAUCUUGCUUCCAUGGCCAAUUUCUGGAGGACCACCUAGAGUCAGCUGGUGGCUUUGCUAAUUUAGACCACAUUCAUAUCAUAGACUUAAAGCACUGUGAUAACACUUUAAAUAGCCAUGGCUUCCCCCCAAAAUUCUGGGAACUGUAUUUUGUGAAGUGUGCUAAGCAAUGUUAGGAGACUCCUCUGUUCCCCUUACAAACCAGUGUUGCCCAUAGUUCCUUCUGAAGAGUGAUAGAUUGUUAUACCAAUUUUUGAAUUGUAGCUCAGGGUGGGUAAAAUGUGAGUCUCCUAAUAAUUCUCAGCACCCUUAACAAAUUCUACAGCUCCCAGAAUUCUUUGGGGGAAACCAUGACAGAUUAAAGUGGAAUCAUAGUGCUUUAAAUGUAUGCUGUGAAUGUUGACUCAUUUAACAUGCAGCAGUGAGCAAUGUGAAUUUUGAUUUUAAAAAUCAGGCAAGACCCAAUACUCUAUGGAUUGGGUUGGUUUUGCUCCUUUCCAGAGCUGGUCCAAGAGGAAAGAUAGAGCUUACCUCCCCACCCAUUCCCUAUAUAAAAGCCAACCAGAUUGGUGGUUGCACCUAACUUAGACAUAGGUGGUGAGACACCAUCCUCCACUCCACUAGAGGACAGUAGGUUAGUUUAUAAGUUGCUAGGCAGACCCAGCUGUAUCCACUCCAUACCUCUUACCUAUGGUCACCUGUGGCAGCCGCCUCCCUCUGCCUCACAGUAGGACUGGCUCUGUUCCUUUCCAUCCCCAGGACACCCACUUUAUUGACCACUGGUGAACUUCUUUUUUGCAGAUGCCAUUGUUUCAGAGUCAGGGAGUGGCGGCCUGCUGGCGAAUGGGAUCAGCUCAAUGUGUGCCAUCUGUGGAGACCGUGCUACUGGGAAGCAUUACGGAGCUUCCAGCUGUGAUGGCUGCAAAGGGUUCUUCAGAAGGAGCGUCCGUAAGAAUCACGUCUACUCGUGCAGGUAGAUCUAUAGUUUUGUAGGCCAUCCUUGGACAUUGACCGGCUUUUCCAUACGCUUUGAACAUUGUCACUGGCUUGAAGAUGAAGGCGAAUGACAACUUGGAAUUUUCUCUAGUUUGCACUGCCUGAAACAAUAUGUGAACCAUCCUUUGAAAUUCACACGUUUCCUAAUUUUGCAGUGGAGUUCUCCAUCCAAGUAAUUUGUACAAAAAUGUACAUACUAGGGCAAAGUUUGCAUAUAAGGGCAUGUUUUCAUGAAAAUAACACACAACAGUGCAUUAUAUUUGGGGAAAUUGCGUGCAAAAACAAGCACAUUUAAUCAAAACUGGAUAGCUCAGUUGUUUAGAGUAUGGUGCUGGUAACAGCAAGGUUGCAGGUUUGAUCCCCAUAAGGGACAGGUGUUUUCCCUGCAUUGCAGGGGGUUGGAUGAAAUGAUCCUUGAGGUCCCUUCCAACUCUGAUUCUAUGGUCAGGAGAAGUUUGCACCAAAUUUCUAAUAAAUUCUCAUGAGGACUGUUUUAACUAAAAUUCAUAAAUUGCUACACUAGCUUGAAAAGAUGAAUUUAAGCAGGUAGAAAUGAGAAAUGGUGAAACAGACAGAAUUGCCUAUCUCUGUUGGCCGUCCAUGAAGCUGCCCUGACACUUAGCUGAAGCUAAGCAAGUCUGGCCAGUGGCUGGAAGGGUGGCCACCCAGAGCCCACUUGUACUCCACCUUGGGUUCCAUAAUGGACAAAUAGUGGGAUAUAAAAUGUAAAAUAAAAUAAGAGUCUAAGACAUUUCAUUGCCUGAGGCAAAGAACAAGAUAGCUCUUAACCCAACCACACUGACAGUUGACCCUUGCUUCAACCCCGGCAAAAGGACAGCAUGCAAGGCAGCAGGAUUUGGAAAGGGCUGGUAGCUCAUUGUAUCUGCUUUGCAUCCAGAAACUCCCAGGUUUAAUUCCCAGCAUCUCCAGGCAGGGCUGGGAAUGUCCACUCCCAUCUGAAACCCCAGAGAGCUGCUACCACUCAGCAUAGACAAUACUGAGCUAGAUGGGCCAAUGGUCUGUCUUGGUAUAAGCUUCCCCUGUUCCUAUGCUUAGCAGGGGAGUGUCCAGCCUUUAGCAUUGCUCAUUGCCACCUUCACCUCUGGCACCUGCCAUUGAAGGCAGCUGCCUCACUCUGCCAAAUGAUAGGACCGGCCCUUCAUACCACCAAUGAUUUUUUCAGAGCUUGCCUCUUUCCCUUUCCAGAUUUAGCAGGCAGUGCAUAAUAGACAAGGACAAGAGGAACCAAUGCCGAUACUGCCGUCUGAAGAAAUGUUUCCGGGCAGGAAUGAAGAAGGAAGGUAAAUGGUCUAAAACUAUCCCCUGAUCCAGAGUCCCAUGUGCACUGCUGUGAUGCUAGCCUUGCAUUCAGUAGCCUGCUGCUAGCGUUGGGGGAGCUGAUGAGUUGUGCCAAGUUCCACAUCAGCAAAUUCCUUUGCAGCACCGUUAAUGAGAGUGCUGAAUCACAACGGAUGAAUUCUGAAUCACAAAUAGGCAGAGCUGGAUCAUGUGGUUGGGAAGGGGGGGGGGUUGGAAAAAAUUUAGGACAUUGCCCUGACAGUGCCAUCCCAAGACAUUUUGCUUCCUGAAGCAGAGUUCAAAUCUGUAUUAGUACCGUAGUUUGAUUUAUUGUCUACCUUUCACAAUGCAGUCUCAGGGCAGGUUUCAGCCAUUCAAAAAUACAUUAAAACCAGUUAAAGACAAAUUGCAAUCACAAGAAUAUAAUGGCCCCUGAAAAUAUACCUCUCUAGUGCCAAAGGCCAGAGGUGCAUCUUCAGUAUUUGAUAAAGACAGUAUAGUGAUAGUGCCAGAUGAAACAAGAUGAAAAACAAGGAUAGAAACCUCAUCUUGUUUUAAAUUUCCUAAGCUGCUUUGAGAGCUUUAUGCAGGAAAAGGGGACUAUUUUUUUUAAUAAAAUAAAAUAAGUAAUUAGUAUAUAAGCAGAGCACCAGAUGUUGCAUUCAGACCCUCAUCAUUUACAUAGUAUAUGCGUAUCUAGUGAAAGUUUUGGGAAGUUACUGAUUUGCUUCCUUUGCCAGAAAAGUGACCUCUACUGGGACAGGUAUCGAUUUCCUAUGGUUUUUUUUAUUUCCGCCCCUUGCCCCACCCUGAUCCACCCCCUCUGUAGCAACCCAAUCAGGUUCCAGGGGGAAUGAAGCAAAUUGUUUGGUUGGUGUUGCACUAGGAAGUCAAACAGCAAACACAGUCCUAUUUGUUCAAGAUUUUGGACCUGGAAGGGACAUUGAAGUUUUCCAUCAUUCGAUUGCAGAAUGCUCAGCAAAAUUCAGAUAUAGCAAGGCUCCUGAUAGGAAAUGCCCAGUGAUUUUCUACAUCCUAAAUUCUGGUCCAAAACACCAAGAAGGCACUGAGUUGGCAAAGGCAGAGUCAAAACUUGCUCUGUGAUCAUGCUGUAUUUCCAGUGAUGCAGUUUCAGUAAGCCUCUGUGUCUGUCCAGCCUUUCAGAUAGGCUACUGGCCUCAGCUUAGAGAUGGAGGAGAAACUCAAUUCAGUUUGCAUGUAUGGGCAAACCUUCCUAAUUCACACUUUCCGUAAUAAUACACUAUCUGAAAUGCAGCCAUUCUUCAAAAUUCACACAUCUUUGAACUUUGCAAUCUACUUCUCUAGUCAAGUAACAAAUAGAAAAAUGCACAUAUAGAGGCAAAGUGUUCACAAAAAUGCAUAUAUAAAUGAAAACUGCAUAUAAAAUGCAUUAUAUAAGGGGAAAUUGCUUUGCAAAUAUGUGUACAUUAGGGAAAGCUGCAUACAAAAGUGUGCGCAUUAGGAGGAAUUCACACUAAAAUGCUGCUGAAUUUUCACAAGGAAAAUGUGGAGAACGCAACCUAAUGCUGGGAAACAGAAAAACUGAAAUUCACAGGUUUGCCCAUCCCUGUCUCAGUCUUAAUGUUUCCAUUCAUCUGCAAUGCACUCACCACCUAAUAAUGACUUACUUUUACAGUAGGUAAAAUAUUAACUGGAUAAGUUUCUUCCAAGGACCUCCUGCGAUAAUGCCAAAAUCAUCUUGAGAACGUCAUGCUUUAGGCUGGGGGGUUGUUAUCUGCCUUGAAGGGAAAACAGAAAAAUAUACACCAUAAACUACACAAAAGAUAAACAAGGAACCACUUUGCUCUCCAAAGGGUGUGAUUAUGAUAGGAGCAUUAAUGCAACUCACUUCAAUUGGAUCCUGUCUUCAUUUGUGCUUUAAACAGUAUGUGACACACCUGUUUUUUAUCUCUUGUGUGGAUGACCUUUUGGCCUCACUUUGUCAUAAAAUAAUUCUGUUCUCAGGGUAUAUAUAUGCCUAGCUUAUGCAUCCAUAUACCUAAGUGGGACCCACAAAAGCUUUCAACACAAAAAUGUGUUUGUUAGCCUUUAGGGUACUGUGGGAGAACACUGAGUCAGACCACUGGCCCAUUCAGCUCAGUAUUGUUGACACUUAAUUUAUAUCCUGGGCUUAGCGUAAAUGAAAACAGAUGCAACUUAAACCACACAAUGAAUAUCAGCAGCGGCACUGAAAACAAACCACACAGAGAGACAAAAAUACAACACCCACCCUCAGAAGACACUACCACAACAGCUAGUUGGUGGCCAAGGAUUGUUGGAACAAAAAAUACAUCUUUGCCUGCUGGCAAAAGGAAAGCAGAGGGGGACGUCAUUCUACCUCCCCAUGGGAGGGAGGUCUACAAUCUGGGAGCAGCCAGCAAGAAGGCCCUGUCUUGUGCGCUUACCAAAUAUGCCUGUCAUGGAGGCAGAGAAACACCUCCCCAGAAUAUCUCAAAGCCCAGGCAGGCUCACAUAGGGAGAGGAAAGUAAAUAUGAAAGGAAUAUGAAUUCAAAGGUUGUGAACAUUUGCAAAUGAUUCUAACCACGUCGCCACCAGAACACUUGUCUAGCGGUUCUCCCUACCUGACCUGACCAGUUCCUAAGAUUCUUAGCAACUGCAUUUGGUGCAAAUCCAGUAAGAAAUGUAAACUUCGGAAAUUACAGUGCAAGUCAGCCCUCUUGCUUAUUGACAAUUGGUUGUGUGGUCAUUGGAGGGGAUGCCUGCCUGACACGGUUGCUUCGUCUCUCUUGCAAAGCUGUACAGAAUGAGCGUGACAGGAUCAGCAUCCGCCGGAGCAGUUACGAAGACAACGGAGCCCUAUCAAUCACCAUUCUGACCCAAGCAGAGGCGAUGGCGCAUCAGGUAGGAGGGGAACCCCCCCAUUUCUUCUUACAUCUUGUGGUCAUUGGGAGUCUUCUUAUCCUGAGGUCCUUAACCACACUGAAACCUGGCAAUAGGGUAUACAGUGGUACCUCGGGUUAAGAACUUAAUUCGUUCCGGAGGUCCGUUCUUAACCUGAAACUGUUCUUAACCUGAAGCAUCACUUUAGCUAAUGGGGCCUCCUGCUGCCGCUGCGCCGCCAGAGCACGAUUUCUGUUCUCAUCCUGAAGCAAAGUUCUUAACCUGAAGCACGAUUUCUGGGUUAGCGGAGUCUGUAACCUGAAGCGUAUGUAACCUGAAGCGUAUGUAACCUGAGGUACCACUGUAAUCUUCUGCGGCACCUAGGCAGCACAAUGUGGUUCAAGUCACAUCUAAAGGUGAACCUACCUAGUUCGUACUUUCCAAAACAAUAUGCGAUUUGAAACACAGCCAUCUUUUGAAAUUUGUGUAUCUCCAUAUUUUGCAGUGCGAUUGUCAAGCCAAGUAAUGGGUUCAAAAAUACUAGGGUGAAAUGUGCAAUAAAAUGUGUAUAUAAGCAAAGAACAACAACAACAAAAGGAGCAAAAGUGUGUUGUAUUAAGGAGAAUUGCAUAUAUGCUCUAAAAUGAAUUUUUGUGAGAACUAGUUGUUGGGGAAAUGUGGAUGACUGAACUUAAGGCAGUCAAAAUGAGAAACCAAAAUGGACAAAUUCAUCCACCCCCAAACAACUGGCUAGUUUAGUAGGCCAAAGCAGGACAGAGACUGUACAUGGCUAUGAACUCUUCAGCCUCCCCGAAUGCCCACAUUUCCUGAAAUCCCCAACAUCCUCAGCUGGGCUUUCCCAUUAGCCCCAGUAGGUGGGGAAGCUUCUGACUGUAUGUUUGGAAUUUGUUUAUCAUUUUUUGGCUGUAACAUCCAGACCAUUCCCUCCCCCCAUCCUUUUCUUUAUUCUUUUUCAUUGUUCAACCACUCCCUACCACAUGGAAGAUCUUAUCCAACAAUGAACUCUGGAGAACUCUUAAGCUUGCCACAUUUCAGCUACUUUUUGUUUGGUCCUAAAAUAAAGGUAUUAGCUAACUGUGUACUAUGGAGUUAGUUUCUCUCUCUCUCUUUAUGAAGAAAUUCUAAAGUGCCCCAAACAGGAAUCAAUAAAUAAAAUGCAAGCCUCUUGCACCGAAGGACUACAGAUUUCCAGAACUUGGAGGGUGAGUUUGGGCACAAGGCAAAUUCAUAAUGUCAACAUACGUUGUUGAUAGAAUAGUUGUGAUCUAUUGCCACCUUCUGGACAAAAGGGUAACUUUCCAUUUGGGCACGAUAGACUCAUCUAUACUGAUGGUGUGUUAUAUGGAGGGGUGAAGGAGUGGGGAAAUGGGGAAGAAGGAGAUGUAGGAUUGCCUAGUUAAAGGGUGCCUGAUCUUUUCUCUUAUAGUAUUCAGCUCUCCGUCCUGUGCACAGCGCCGAUAUUGCCAUGAAGAAGAUUGCAACCAUCAACGAUGUGUGUGAGUCGAUGAAGCAGCAGCUCCUGGUCCUCGUUGAGUGGGCAAAAUACAUCCCAGCAUUUUGUGAGCUUCCCCUGGAUGACCAGGUGAAAAAAGCAACUUUUGGGGAGGAAGGAGGCGUAUGUGGCUUCUGCAACCUGGAUUCUUUGAACGUUAUGCUUUCCUUCUGCAGACCUGCAAUGUGCAAAGGAGAAACUUCCUAACUCAAAAAUCUGUACAUUUGUUCGUUUCACAACAGUUAUGGAUUGAUUUAGUGAUUUGGGAGAGAGAGAAUAGAAAACCUGGGUGUAAAAGAUUAGCAUUUUUCAAGCUAACACAUGUAUUGUAUGGCAACUGUUGCACAGAGCCUCAGAUAUCAAUGAGCUGGAUGGGUGGGAUGUUAUGGAAUGUUAGCGAACAUUGCACUUGCUCAGAGAACAGAUGUUUUCUGCUUCUGAGAGGGGAGUGGAAGCUGUCAGUUUGGCUGAGAUGAAAGCUUCGCACAGACCCUAGAGACAGGAGUGGCUUUUGGGGGUUGGUCUAGGAAGAAGUCUCAGUCCAAGAGAGAAGUAACCCCCAUAAGCAAGGUAACCAAAAACAGGGUAGAAUGGACUGAGAAAAAGGUACCUGAAGGGAAGGUGUUGAUGGAAGAGAAGGGAACUUGGGUAAUUGGACAGAUGAGGUGAUAAACUGGGGCAACAGGAGGCUCUGAAGAGACCUCAUAGCACUUAAGGAGGUGGGGAAGAACAUAAAAAGAGCCUGCUGGAUCAGGCCAAUGGCACGUCAUGGAUCAGGCCAAUGGCACUGAGGGUUGUAGGUAGGCAGCAUUGUAGGAACCCUAGGGAGGCAAUGAGUGUGAAGAAGCUGUAGGGAGGUUACCAGGGAACAGAUUUCACAUAUUGAGGCCAGCUUGGAUGUAACAAUCCUAGCUGCUACUCCAGUUUAGCAGGCUUGGGGAAAAGCAUCAGGUUUGGAUGGUCACUUCUACAUUACCAAAACAUAUAUUUUAACUUUGGUAUGUUUUAAAGUAUGGUUGUGAUUUUUUCCUCAGUUUUAUUGUUUUCUUUUUUGUAAAUUGCUUUGAGGGCUUUUUUAUUUUUACAUUUGUGUAUACAUUUUUAUGAAAUACACACACACAGGAAAUGCACCAUUUGUAAAGGUGACAAAAGGAGAGGACAGGUUUGCAUAGGCUUUGCAAAUGCUCAUUUCCUAUCUAUAGAGGCGCAUUGAAAGAUAAUGGCUAUAAUUCACACAGACGUUACUGUGACCAGUGUGGAGAAGACUGUGACCAGAUGACCCAUUUGCCAAUGCUCACUGUCAAGUCUCACCUGCACUCUUUUCUUAGGGUCCUUUAUUUUAAAACCAGGCUUAAGCCAGACAGCCCUUCAAACAGAGGCCACCUUCAAACAGGGGACUGACCUCUGUAGAGUUGGACACAAGGCCACCCUAGCCAGGCCUUCACACUCCUCUCCUUUUUGUGGCUUUGGGGCUUCAGUCCUAGUUAAUUUCAAACAAGAGUUCUCCCAUAUAUCCCAAUGGGUAACUUUCUGGUUUUAUGUCCAUUUAAUUAACAACGAUCUUAAACCUAUGGUCUGUAUUUGGUUUUAGGAUUCCUCCCCCUCCACCCCAGUACCAGUAAGGGGAAGAAAGUACAGAGGCUGUAGGUAGGAAGGAAGGAAAUUUAUGGCAGCACCAGACAUAAGAAUGUUGGCUGAUUUAUUUCAUGUUUUGAUCACUUCACCAGAUCUAGGAUCUGAUCAAGAUCCAUUGUUGACAUGCAUCAGUAAAGCAGACUACUGUUUAGUCAGUAUGAAAUUGUUCUUUCUUCUCUCUCUCUCUCUCUCUCUCUCUCUCUCUCUCUCUCUCGGGAUUCACAGGUUGCCUUGCUAAGAGCCCAUGCUGGUGAGCACUUACUGCUGGGAGCUGCAAAGCGUUCUAUACCAUACACAGAUUUUCUAUUACUAGGUAAAAUACCCAUGCACUAUAACUCACCUCAUUGUCUGGUUUCCACAGAGUAACCAGAUCUCUGUACUCUCUCCAUGUUUUCAAAACCACAGUGGUUCAUUAUUAUAUUUUUGGUAUUAUAGAAUAAGACAACUGGAAAGAUUACCCCCAAAGACCAUAUUGUCCAACUCCCUCUAGUAAGGUGAAAGGUAAAGGUAAAGGACCCCUGGAUGGUUAAGUCCAGUCAAAGGCAACUAUGGGGUUGUGGUGCUCAUCUCCCUUUCAGUCUGAGGGAGCUUUCCGGGUCAUGUGGCCAGCAUGACUAAACCACUUCUGGUGCAACGGAACACCAUGAUGGAAACCAAAGCACACAGGAACACGGUUUACCUUCCCACCACAGCGGUACCUAUUUAUCUACUUGCACUGAUGUGCUUUCAAACUGCUAUGUUGGCAGAAGCUGGGACAGAGCAAUGGGAGCUCACCCCAUCGUGGGGAUUCGAAUCGCCGACCUUCUGAUUGGCAAAGCCCAAGAGGCUCAGUGGUUUAGACCACAGCGCAACUUGCAUCCCUCUAGUAAGUUAACAAUAAUAUAUAAACACCCCACCCUAAAAUGUAUCACCCUAACACAAGAAGAUCCCUGCUGGAUCCUGUUUCCCACAGAAGAUAAGCCAGGUGUUUCUUUAAAGCUCACAUGAAGCAGGUCAAGAAAUUCACAUAAUUGACUGAAUUUAUGCAGUAUGUGAAGAAGUACUUUCUUCUGUCUCAAUUUCACUGAGCCUUUAUUAUGAGAGAGGGGGAAAAUAUCUCUCUGGUUCCCUCUCUCCACACUAAAGAUAGCACAUUAGACAGACAGCUUUACAAACAGCCACCAUAUAAUAUCCCUUUUACAAUGCAAAUCUAUACAUGUCUACUCAGAAGCAAGCCCCAGGGAGUUCCAUGGGACCUACUGCCAGGAAAAUGGGCAUAGGAUUAUUGCCUUAAAGUGUAUCCUAUGCAUCCAUUGUCUACUCAAAAGUAAACCCCCCUGAGUUCAAUGAGGCAUACUGCCAGGUAAGUGUACAUAGGGUUGCAACCUGAAAAGCCCCGAACACUCUAGCUUGGAGAUGGAGAUGGGACCCUCUAGAUGAUGCUGAACUCCAACUCCCCCCAUUGGUCAUGUUGGUUGAGGCUGAUGGGAGCUGGAGUCUAAGGACAUAUGAAGGUCUACAGCUUCCACAUUACUCUUACAUCCUUUCCCCAACAGAGAAGGGGGUCCACCCUUUUCAUUCUUUACCAUCAGGUUUUCAGACAAGGCAACCAGAGAACUGUGCCUUAACUUUGUUUGGUGAAGAGCCCCAUUUUAAAUCCAGAAGCUUGUUCAUUCUUACUUGCGGGGCCAAUUUGUUAAAAAUAAUAAUUUUGAAACAGCACAUCAAUAUUUGCAAUAAACAUUGGAGAAGGUCUAAAGAGCUCAGUGGCAGAACAUCUGCUUUCCAUGUAGAAGGCUCCAGGUUCAAUCUCUGGCAUCUCCAGAUUGGGCUGGGAGACAAUACUGAGCAAUACUGAGACAAUACUGAGCAAGAUGGCCAAGGAUCUGGUGUAUAGCAGCAUCCUAUGUUCCUCUUUGCAGCAAGGUAAGAUGCUUUUUCUCACCCCUCCCUUUUCAGGAAAUGACUUCAUCAUCCCAAUGCACUGUCCAGAGCUUGAAAUUGCCCGUGUAGCUACCAGAAUUCUGGAUGAGCUGGUGAAGCCCUUGCGAGAAAUUCAGAUUGAUGAGAAUGAAUACGCUUGCCUGAAAGCCAUUGUGUUCUUUGACCCAGGUGAGGACCUCUCAUGUGCUACUGAACGUCACAAAAUCCAUUAAUCAUCAGAGGAUGAUGCAGAUUUCAGCAGCAAGGCUCCACUGCUUAUCCAUCCACUAUGCUUCAGGUUCCUUCCUGGACCAUUCAUUGAUAUGGUACCCCCUUCACCCUUUCUUCAGAACCCUCCCACAAACAUCAGUUUUCUUUAAGGCCUUUUGCUGAACCCCUUAAUCCUCUAGGUAUACUGGAGGAAUUCAGUUUUGGUGAAUCUGAAAAAUGAACUACCUGAUCUACACCUUCAGGAUUAAUGUGUGGACCGGAAUGCUUUUUUAAAAUUUUUAUUUUGCACGUCUCUGAAUAUUACAACAUGGUUCUUGACUCAUGCGAUUUAGCAUUUGUAUUGUAGGAGAAAAGAGUGUUUAGAAAUGCAUAAGGUAAAGGUAAAGGGACCCCUGACCAUUAGGUCCAGUCGUGGCUGACUCUGGGGUUCUGGCGCUCAUGUUGCUUUAUUGGCCAAGGGAGCUGGCGUGCAGCUUCCAGGUCAUGUGGCCAGCAUGACUAAGCCACUUCUGGCGAACCAGAGCAGCGCACGGAAACACUGUUUACCUUCCCGCCGGAGCGGUACCUAUUUAUCUACUUGAACUCUGACGUGCUUUCGAACUGCUAGGUUGGCAGGAGCAGGGACCGAGCAAUGGGAGCUCACCCUGUCGCAGGGAUUUUAACCGCUGACCUUCUGAUCAGCAAGUCCUAGGCUCUGUGGUUUAACCCACAGCACCACCCAUGUCCCACUAGAAAUGCAUAGGUUGAAAUAAAAUUAUUUAUAAAACAGCUAUUUUUCAAUAAUGUAUUUAAAUACAAAUCUUCAUGGAUUUCUUAGAAAACAGCAACAAAAUAUGCAAUAAGAGGAUAAUUUAUUUAUUUUAAAAAGGUAUACCCUGAGUUUCACCAUCUCAGUCCCCAACAGUCUUACAAAAUAGAAACAUAUGAUAUACAACAUUUGAAACAUAAAUUAAAUGCCAGAGAUUUAAACAUCAGUGCAGCAGAGUGGUCCUGGCAUAAAACAGUUUCAACCAGGUGUCUGAAAUUUAGCAGGAAUGGUACAGGUUAAUGUGGAAAUGGGUUAGAACAAGCUAUGAGCACAUGUGAAAUUAGCAUGGGGCAUCUUUAUCCCAUAACCAAGCCUAAGUCCAUCCAAUGGUAUUUGCCCUUAUCCAUCCCUUGCUCCUCUUGUCUCUCCUUCACCCUCUUCAGUUGUCUUCACCACAUGUCCAUUUCCUGGGGCAGGGAAUUCCACAAACUGGGCUUCACUAGGGAGAAUGUUCUUUCAUGCACUGUUACGAACUAUGUCUCAGAUGGUGGCGCAGGGCACACAGAGAAAUCUCCUCAGGUGAUCUCAGAGGGUACUGUGCACAUCCUAGUUGCAAACCCUUUCAGGCAGGGACAGGGAAACUGCUGCUCUCCAGAUGUCGGGCUCCAACCCCCAUCAGUCCCAGCCAGCAUGGCCAAUGGUCAGGGCUGAUUGGGGUUGGGGGUGGAGUCCAACAUAUGGAAUACCACAAAUUCCCCUGAGUCAAAUUGCUGCAUGCAAGCCAAACUAACCUUAGUUAGUUUCUCUCUCCCUCCCAGAUUGCAAAGGCCUGAGUGAGCCCGGGAAGGUGAAAAACAUGCGUUUUCAGGUACAGGUGAACUUGGAGGAUUACAUCAAUGACCGGCAGUAUGACUCGCGAGGCCGAUUCAGUGACAUUCUCCUCCUGCUGCCUCCUCUCCAAAGCAUCACUUGGCAGAUGAUUGAGCAGGUCCAGUUCGUCAAGCUCUUUGGAGUGGCAAGGAUCGACAGCUUGCUGCAGGAAAUGCUUCUGGGAGGUAACAAUAUUUGGAAUGGUGCUGUGUCUUUCUCACCUGUGUGCCUUAAAACAGAGGAGAGGACCCUCAGGCCUAGAGGGCAGAAUGUGACCCUCCAGACCUUUCUAUAUGGUCCUCAGAACUCUCCCUAGGCCACACUCUUCACUGGCUUUGUGUCAUGCCAGAAAUGUUUUUGCCUUGUUCGGAUGUGUCAUUGAACUCUGGUGAUGCCCCUUGCUUCCAUGGAUAGAGAACGUACAGGUGUGUGUAGACACUAGCCUACUAGACAAAGGUAAACUUGCUGCACCCACUUUUGCCUUUCACCCUGCCCACUGCUGGUACGUGGCCCUUGCAGAGUUGCCCAGAAGGAAAGGCAGCCCUUGGAUUGGAAAUGUUACCCCGCCUGUACCUUUAAACAAAACUAGGGGGAAUGACACACUUUGGGCAAAAUCCAGGAGACAAAUCCAUCCGUCCAUUUGGGUGUUUGCGUACAAAGAGAAUGGCAUAAUUAGAAAAUGCUUUCUGAAGGCUCAGAGUGGGUCACAUCAAUAAAAGCAAAAGGAUUGCAUUAGGCUUUCCCAUUAAAGGCAGAAUGAACUUCAAAACAAAGAAAAAUGACGCCUGUGUUUGGUAUUUGGUCAAUAAUGACUGGCAGAAUGAGACAGCUUUUCUCUCUGUUCAUGCAGGGACAACUAUGGAUGCACCACAGUACCAGUCAGGACCUUCCAGCCUUAACAUGGAGCCUCUUCCAGGACACAUUGUGCUCCCCAGCAGCAUCGGAUCAGUAAUUCACACCAUUUCAGCCUGUAGGUGUCCAAUUUCCUAUCUGUUUCACUUAGUUAAAACCUUUGCUUAUUAAGACUAUGCAGAGCUUUCCUCUGAAAUAUUAAAUUCUGAAUGUGCACAUAUUGGAACAUUUCAGAAAGGCAUGCGCUUUCUUCCAAGGAGCGAGGAUAAGAAGAGGAAAAUCUGGGAGCGAUGUUUCAAUUCCACUGCUAAAAUUUAAGAUGCAAUAUGCAAUUUCCUGAAAAGGAAAUUGCAUACUUUAAGUGCGCAUUUCUUCACAGCAAUGGGAGAAAUUGUACACAGCAGUAAUGUAAUUCAAUGAUAGCAAAGAUGCUUUGCAUCCAGAAGUACUCUGGUUUGAUCCUGCCAGGAUCCUGUCCAACCCAGAGACCUCUUUGGAGGGAAAGGUUCAGGGGAUGAUUACAUACAUAACAUUUGCAGACUUAAAAAAAAAAAAAAGCUAGUGAAUGCUACUCAUAUUCACUUGUAUGAUUCCAGUUCCUGAUCUCCAAUGAACAUGCAAAUUGCAACAAUGUCCACUCCUGCUCCCAUUUCAGAUGGAAUUCCCCAACAUCUAUAGUCCUGACCCACUGGUUGAAGACUAAUGCCAGGCAAAUAACACCUUUUUGUGUUUUUUCCCCUCCACAGCAUCUCCUGAAACAUCCCUUCCUUCUCCUUCAACCAGUACAGGAAGUGAAGAUUACAAGCUAGGUCCUGCCCCCAGGCCUGAAGUAGUACCUGCAACUGUUUUGCCUCAGGCGGUGAUACCCAAACAGGAGAUUCUAUAAAGUACCACGCUGAAGAAAUCAAUAAUUUAACCUUUCAAGUCUUAAGUCCAGUAGCAGCUAGCACUGCCAACCUCGCGGGGCCCUUUUCAGACACUGAAACAAAACGGCAACUUUCAGCGAAGACAGGAGAGAGCCCACCUGUCGGCAGUGUCCCCUUCCUACGGGUUCAUGUCGUUUCCUCAGUUAGAAUUGUAAGGUGUUUGGGGCAGGUGCUUCCUAAUGAAGCAGCAGGGGUUCUUUGUUAAUGGAGAUUAAGUAGAAGAUAGAUGCAUGUGUUCUAAGUUCUCUUGGCGACGGUCUUCAUGCUUGUGCGUGUUCAUGCUUUCCAAGCUCGGCCUACAUACCAACAAUGCCUGGAAGGUUCAAGCAGCAGACAGACUCAGAGAGACACAUUGAAAAAUUAGAAGCAAAGAGCAGGAAGCACAUUGUGAAUCCUAGACCUGUCUGCUGCUCUCUUCUCCUCUGGGAAGCUCCACAGUGCUCCAGCACAGAGAUACUCCUUCAUGGGGCUUGGUAAUAUUACAUCUUAUGAGGCCUUAAUAAUGUGCUGCAUACUAAAGAGGGCAAGCAAGCAUAAAUGCAUCAUCAGACCUUAUUUCCAAAGUCCCGUACCCUCCCACAUUUCUCCAAUGAAAAUAGGGACAUCCUAUUCCAUAAUAAUACUAAUUUUACUAUUUAUACCCUACACAUCUUGACUGGGUUACCCCAGCCACUCUUGGUGGCUUCCAACUAACAACAACAUUGAGAAGCUUCACUAUACAGGGCUGCCUUCACGUGCCUCAGGGGUCGGAUAACUCCAUACUCUCCAACAUUUCUCUGAUGAAAAUAGGAAUGUCCUAAGGAAAAGCAGGACAUUCCAGGAUCAGAUCAGGAACUGGGACAGUUCUGUAAAUCUGGGACUAUCCCUGGAAAAUAGGGACACUUGGAGAGCAUGGGAUCCCAGCUGGCUCCCUGUUUCACUGCAGAACAUCCAGUAUCUCAGUCUUGCAGCACUCACUAAAGAGAGGCCCACUGAUAUUAUUAUUUGUGUAAUUAAUGGGUGUAAAGUGCUGUUUGCACUCUCCUCAGUUGGUAUCUCAAUGGAGGCUGGUUCAUUUGGGAAAAUUGGGCACUGCCCCACCACCCUCUAGCUGCCGUCUGCCAGUCCCCAGCUGCCUGCUUUCUUGCUACAGGACACUUGCUACAGGCGACACUGGCUGUCACCUUCCAACUUCUUAAGUCCCAGUGUUGGCCCUGUAGAACUCAGUGUGGAGGAGGAUGGGGACAAAACUAAAAUUAGUUGGCUCCACCUUGGCUCUGUUUCUGUCUAUAUGGGUCUCCCUUACCAGUUCCAACGGGCAUCAGUCUUCACUGAAGAGUGUGCUGCUCAUAAAAAAUUGGCAGUUUAUUUUCUGUUAACACUCCCAGCUGUUGUGUGGUUCUUUUGGAACAGAAUACAGGAUACACAAUCCAAAGUGGAGAAGAUUGGUUCUGCUCAUAUCACAGCCACUGCCAAAAUUGAUUCCUACAUUCCCAUUGCUAUUUCUUUUGAUCCCGUAGGUUUCUGUUUGUUAAUGUCUGAUCAGCAUACUAUUAGGACUUACUAACGUUUCUGAGAUUUGUUAUGCCAUUUCUAAAAGCCGUCAACAUUUGAAAAUAGGAACAUGCUGUGCUUAAAUAAAAAGUCAUGAAGUAUGUAAU